AUGCCUCAAAUUCUGCCUUGGGCGCGGUGCUACAGCAGUCAGUGGAAGGACAAUGGCAACCACUCGCCUUCUUCUCGAAGAAACUUAAAAAAAGCUCAGCAGCUGUACAGCGCCUAUGACCGAGAGUUGCUCGCUAUAUACGAGAGCGUUAAACAUUUCCGUUUUAUGGUUGAGGGCAGACACUUCGUCAUUUAUACGGAUCAUAAACCCAUCACAUACGCCUUUAAUCAGAAUAGCCAGAAGUGCUCGCCCAGACAGUUUAACCACCUCGAUUUCGUGUCUCAAUUCACCACAGACAUAAGGUUUAUAUCGGGGAAAGAUAAUAUACCUGCGGACACUUUGACGCGCAUUGAAGCCGUAUCAUCGCCACCGGACUUACAACAGCUCGCUCGUUCACAGGAGAAUGACGACGAACUCCAGGAACUCCUCUCAAAGCGCUCAUCUUCUUCGUUAAAGAUGGAACAGAUACCUAUACCUGGAACGAACGUUACUUUAUACUGUGACGUCACUCUGUCGAGGCCUCGUCCUUUUGUAACAAAGGAGUUGCGUCGGCAGGUCUUCAACUCAAUUCAUACCAUGAGUCACCCUGGUACGAAAGCGACAACCAAGAUGGUAACGAGUAGGUUUAUUUGGCCUUCAGCUCGACGGGAUUGUCGUACUUGGACGCAGGCCUGCGAAGCCUGUCAGAAAUCGAAGAUCCACAGGCAUAUUUCAUCUCCGUUGGGUGAUUUCCAGUUACCGCAAUCACGUUUCAGCCACGUACACAUUGAUUUGAUUGGACCGCUACCAUCUUCGAAUGACUACAAGUACUGUCUUACAGCAGUAGACAGGUUCACAAGAUGGCCAGAGGUAAUGCCACUAUACGAUAUCACGGCUGAAACGGUGGCAAAAGCUUUUUAUGAUAUGUGGAUCUCACGAUUCGGUUCUCCGGAAAGAGUAACCACGGAUUUGGGUCGCCAGUUCACAUCCCAUUUGUUCAAAGCACUCACAAACCUAUGCGGGAUCCAGCUAUGCCACACAACCGCAUAUCACCCAUCUGCGAAUGGAAUGGUGGAGAGAUUCCAUCGUACCCUAAAGACCGCGAUCAUGGCACAUGGCGAGCGGAGAUGGACGAACAUUUUACCUGUUGUUUUGCUUGGAAUAAGAACGGCUUGGAAGGAAGAUCUUCGUUGCUCCGUUGCUGAAUUGGUUUACGGCGAGCCUCUGCGGAUACCUGGCGAGUUUCUACACACACCCAAAGCUGAUCAGUUGACACCAUCAGACUUCGUCUCACAACUCAGGAAGCACAUGGCAUUACUGAGACCUCAGGCAGCAUCGCGACACUCUUCAACAUCUAUAUUCGUACAUGAUGAUCUAAAGACGUGCAAGAACGUUUUCAUAAGAAAAGACGCUUUACGAGCUUCGCUAGAUCCGCCGUACACUGGCCCAUAUCGUGUGCUUGCCAGGUCCGAUAAGACCCUCACUGUUGAAUUAAACAGAGGACCAGUGAAGGUCUCUAUUGAUCGCGUAAAGCCUGCCUACAUCACAACGGACUCAACCAGCACCACGGUAAUAGCACCGGAGCCGGCGAUUAAAAACCCUGAUGGUCAACGCCCUGUUAGAACAACAAGAUAUUGCAAUGGAGCUUGAAUCAUCAGUUCCAGCAGCAGCGCAACCACAACAGAAUGAUGAAGUUCUGAGUGUAAGCUGUGCAAGAUCAUCAGCUGAAGAAUACCAAAGUGUGAACACUCAUAUGCAUCUUAUGGGGUCCCAUCUUACAGUUUGUGGUGGAGCUUCAUCACAAGGAAAUGUUGCAGGCACCACCUAUGCAUUACACUCUAUCAUGUCGUGACACCCCACAACGUCGUGACACUCCACCAUGUCGCGACACCCCAGCACGUCGUGACGCUCCUACAAGUCGUGACACUCCACUACGUCGUGACACUCCACCCAGUCGUGACACUCCACCAUGUAGCUACACCCCAGCACGUCGUGACACUCCACCACGUCAUGACACUCCAUCACGUCGUGACACUCCUCCACGUCGUGACACUCCACCACGUCGUGACACUCCACCAAGUCGUGACACUCCACCCAGUCGUGACACUCCACCAAGUCGUGACACUCCACCAAGUCGUGACACUCCACCAAGUCGUGACACUCCACCAAGUCGUGACACUCCACCACGUCGUGACACUCCACCGCGUCGUUCUGGGUCCCGGCAGACUGACUGUGGUGCAGCCUCAUUAGGAGGAGGGAAUGUGCGCACCAGGGUAAUUCAGGAGGAAUUUAAUUUUAGAAAAGAAUCCUAUGAAAAGAAAGAGAGAAGAGAAGACGAACUCUUUCAAUUCCAAAAAAAGGAAAGAGAGUGGAUGAUGAAGGCAGCAGAAGAAGUAUAUCUAAAAGCGAAGGCUGAGAGAGAAGCUGCAGAGGAUAUUAAAAAAUAUAAUCAGGCUAAAAGAGAGUGUAGUGAAAAAUAAUUUAAAUAAAUAACUCAUAAUCA